CCCUCUUGUCCACUGCUCUUGCUCCGAUGCGCUACCGGCCAUGGAAUUCUCGCGCCCCCGUUCGCUUUGCUGUUGACUAGGAGCUUAUUAGGACUAUGUUUUUCUCUUGCACGCUGCUGCUACGAUCCAUCAUUAUUUGUCCAACACCUUAUGGGGGAUCGGGCCAAGAAGGGCCGUGCCUCACGAAUUGUGGGCGGAAUUUUAGAUGAGGCCCUAAAGCCAUCGGUGGAAAAUAAAAUAAGCCCAUUUAUUAUUCAAGAAUUGCGAGAAAAAAACAUGUCUUCAAUUUAAUUGACGUGAAGAAUUGGGCACUGUUGUAUUAAUAGAAAGAAAAACCGGUCUGAAAUACAAUGCCGAGUCCACAGCCUCGGUGAGACGAUGACCAAGACGCCUAGACAAAGCUCAACCAAUCAAUCAAUUCACAAAUAUCAGAACUGCAUGUGCAUGCUGCCCAGAAAUAUACGUAUCUGAUUCUGGCAAAGUGAUAAUUGAGCCACUGGCGAAAAUAUGGCAGAUGCCCUGUUUGUGGUUCUCAGAAAAGUUGGUCUUUUCCUGGGAGAAGGGGCACUAGAGAGGAUUGGCACGGAGAUCGUCGAAGUAGCAUCGAUUUUGACCAAUUUUGAGCAUAGCAUGAAACAAAUCCAGGGCGAGCUUUCAAUUUUGCAGGCCUUUAUUUCCCAGGUCAGUGCACACAAAGAUGGUGACAAGGCAUUUGAUGCCUGGUUGGACCAAGUCAGAGAUGUUUCCCAUGAGGUGGAAGACAUCAUUGAUGAAUAUGCUUACCUUACAGCACAAGCUGUGGAUACAAGCAGCUUCUUCAAGAGAAAGUUCCAUCAGAUCAAGAACUUCGCGUCAUGGCAAAAGUUACCAAUCCAGAUCACUCAAGUUGAAGCUCGAAUUCAGAGGCUAGCGGAAAUGAGGAAUCGGUAUGGCAUCUCAAUAGUUGAAGAUGACAAGGGUAGUAAGUUGCAGCAACCCAAUCAGCUCCGUAUGUCAGAUUCUGCUUACCUGACCGAUAACUCUGAGACAGUGGGGAAUGUCGAUGAGAUUGCAAUAUUGACACAAUGGCUUCUUGAGGAGAAACAAGAGCGAACUAUAAUUGCUAUCUUAGGUAUGGGAGGUUUAGGCAAAACUACAAUCACAAGUAGUGUCUACAAGAAUCAAAAGAUCAGAAGAACUUUUGAUUGUUAUGCAUGGGUUACCCUAUCUCAGACAUACCAAGCCGAAGAGCUACUCAGAGAAAUCAUAAAUCAGUUAAUAGAUCAAAGAACAAGCAUGGCAAGUGGUGUUGUAACUAUGAGUCGCGUGAGAUUAGUUGAGGCAAUACAAAGCUACCUGCAGGACAAAAAAUAUAUGAUCGUCUUGGACGAUGUAUGGGAUAAGGAUGCUUGGUUAUUUUUGAACUAUGCAUUUGCCAGAAACAACUGUGGAAGUAAAGUGCUGAUGACAACACGGCGAAAAGACGUGUCUUCUUUGGCAGCUGAUAGCUAUGUCAUUGAACUCAGAACACUGAGAGAUGCUGAAUCUUGGGAACUAUUCUGUAAAAAGGCAUUUCGUCUAUCAACAAAUAAUGUAUGUCCUGAGAAUCUAACAUCUUGGGCAAAGAAAAUUGUUGCCAGGUGUCAAGGAUUGCCACUGGCCAUUGUAACCAUUGGAAGUAUCCUAUCAUACCGUGAAAUAGAGGAGCAUGCGUGGAAAUUUUUCUAUAACCAACUUAGCUGGCAAUUAGCUAACAAUCCAGAACUCAACUGGAUCUCCAAUGUUCUGAAUUUGAGCUUGAAUGAUCUUCCAAGCUAUCUCAGGAGCUGCUUUCUAUACUGCAGCCUCUACCCUGAAGAUUACAAAAUUAAAAGAAAACUGAUUUCCAGGCUAUGGAUCGCGGAAGGUUUUGUGGAAGAGAGAGGAGAUGGAACAACAAUGGAGGAAGUUGCUGAGUAUUACUUUAGGGAGCUCACUCAGCGUUCUCUUCUCCAGGUCACGGAAAGGAAUGCAUGUGGAAGGCCUAGAACAUUUCUGAUGCAUGAUCUUGUGCGAGAUGUAACUUCAAUCAUUGCUAAAAGGGAGAAGUUUGGUAUUGGAUAUGGUGAUGGUACAACCCAUGUUGCACAUGAAGCUCGCCGCUUAAGCAUCCAAAGAGGUGCCAAGUCCUUACAUUCUUUAGCAAGUACACGGCUCCGCUCCUUCAUUUUGUUUGAUGCUGGAGUACCAUCUUCUUGGAUAUAUGAUAUUUUGUCACGUUUCAGACUGCUGAGGGUCCUAUGCCUAAGAUUUGCCGAUAUUGAAGAAGUGCCGGGUGUGGUCACAGAAUUGUAUAAUUUGCGUUACCUUGAUUUUUCGCACACAAAACUGAAGAAGAUACCGGCAUCAUUCAGAAAACUUGUAAACCUGCAAGUUUUGGAUCUCAGGUUCAGCGGUGUGGAGGAGUUGCCAGUGGAGAUAACUAUGCUAACCAAUUUACGUCAUUUGUUUGUUUUCACAGUCCAUGAUAUUCAAGAAAUAUCAUUGAAUUGCCUCAGUGCUACAAAACUUCCUGGUAAUAUUUGUUACCUAAAGAAUCUGCAAGCAUUGUAUACUAUUUCAGCAAAUAAAAAGUUGGUUUCACAGCUGGGGAACUUGACACUGAUGAGAAGUUUGGCUAUAGUGGAAGUUCACCAAAGCUACGCUGCAGAAUUAUGGAACUCCCUGACAGAGAUGCCUAACCUGAGCAGACUAUUUAUUUCUGCAUGUGAUGUCAAUGAAAUUCUCGACUUGAAUACUCUAAAGCCGUUGCCAAAUCUGACGUUCUUCUGGCUGGCAGGAAAGUUAGAGGGAGGCGUGCUCCCAUCAAUAUUUUCUGAGAACUUAAUGCAGUUAAAAUUAGACUGGUCUGGUCUGAGGAAGGACCCUAUAAGCUCCUUCUGUCACAUGUUAAAUCUUGUUGAAUUGUGUCUCUUGGGAGCAUAUGCUGGGGAACAGUUGAGCUUUUGUACCAGAUGGUUCCCCAAGCUCAAAUCUCUGCAAUUAGGUGACAUGGAUCAUCUGAAUUGGAUUGAAAUAGAGGAUGGAACAAUGAUGAAUCUACAUCUUUUGGAACUUGCUGGUUUAAGAAAUCUAAAGGCCGUGCCUGUGGGCAUCAAGUACCUCAAAACACUUCACCAGAUGUUUCUGACAGAUAUGUCAAAUGAGUUCAUAGAAAGAUUGCAAGGAAGUGACAAUCACAUUGUUCAACACAUACCUGAUAUACAUAAUUUUGACUCUUCUGAUUCUCAAGCAGUGCAUAACUUGAUUUUUCUGCCAUACCUUGCCAAGAAGUUUGGCCCUGGUGCAAUUAAUUAUGCCUCUACAAAACGUGGCUCAUCUGGCUCUUGACAGUGCAAUUGAAGUUGUCUGCAAAAAAUAUGUGGUGCAUUUUUGUGGAUCAAUGCCAGUCAUUAGCUCAUCUAGGUGUCACUGGAUGAUAAGCCACUGUCAAUAAAGAUUUACAGAGGAAGAAUUCACUUAUUCACCGUCUAUCUGCAUGGAGCCAUGGAUGAUGAAGCAUGUCUUUUUAAAGUAUCUGUAUUUGUGAAAAAUGUCCGUCAGAUGAGUCAUCGGACAAGUAGAGCAUUUAAGUGGCAACAUACGACAUGAGCAGGCAGUGCCUGACAGUGUUGAAGCAUAAUUUAUGCCCCCCCUACUAUCGCUAAAUACGUCAACUUGUACAAGUUAUCUGUUAUGUACUGUAAAUUUUCCUACUUCACCAAUUAACUUGGCCUGGGCUCGGAUUCAGAGUCCUCCCUGGCCUCCUCUGCUGUUGGGGAAAUCAUGAAAAAUGUUGAAGGAAGAUCAUGGUGGGUAGGAAGUUACUUUGGUUUGAGGUCGGGUGCGUGUCCUGUAAUACUUCUCAAUAUUUUGACCAUUUAGCUUGAAGCCGGCGACCAAGGUCAAAGAUCAAACCAAUUCUCAA